ACUCAUUUCUAAAAGAGCAGCAGCAGCAGCAGCAGCACAGCAGCAAUUAAAAAUCCUCACUGCUAACCUGCGCCGGUUCCCCCAUGGGAUUACUUGACCAUCUCUGGGACGACACCGUUGCGGGCCCGCCGCCCGACAGCGGCCUCGGGAAACUGAGGAAAAACGCUACGUUUACCUUCCGAACCAGCUCCGGCAAGGAGUCGUCGGAUGUCUUGAGCAACCGGAAAUCGUUCGGCGAAGAGGCAGCAGCGGCGGAGGAUGCGGUGAAGGUGACCAGAAGCAUAAUGAUCGUGAAACCUAAUCAGAAGGACUCGCCGCCGGUGUCGCCGGCCGGAUCUACUCCGCCGGUAUCUCCUUUCGCCGGUGGUGGAGGAAGAGAUCAGGCAUAUCGGUUCCGGAGGAGGUCAGCAUCAUUCGCAUACGAAAAGGCUAAUGGAGUUGGACCACGGAGCCCUACUCCUCCUUACGACAUGUGAGACUUGAGGCGACAACCUUUUUUUUUUGUUCGUUUUCUUGAGGCUAAACGUUAGCCAGGAAACCUCGGCUCGAUGGAUGCAAGAGGAUCACACGGUAGUCUUCUGUAAUUAACACUGUAUUUAUUGUGCGUGUAUAUGUGUGUGUUGUCUUCUUGAGCCAAUGACGACUGUUGGUGUGUUUGUGUUUUGAUUUGGAGGAGUGUAAGGAAAGCAGUAGUGAGUUAUGUAUAAGAUAUAAGAGGUGAAUGUGCAUAUGUGAGGUGAGGUGAGGUGUGGUGUUUUUUCAUGGUAAUAAAUAACAUGACUUUGCUUUUUCAAGGUA